AUGGACAGAGCAGCCUGUGUGACCAUCCUCAUCCUCCUUCUGUGUGUCGUCACUGCACAGGGUAUUCCCAUCCUUGGAGCAAAUGGACGGUGCCACUGCGCUAGGACCAGAUCUGUUCAUCCAAAGUCCAUCCGGAGCCUGAAAUUUAUUCCAAGAGGACCUCACUGUGAGAAUGCAGAGAUAAUUGUCACGCAGAAAAAUGGGAAAAAAGUGUGUGUGGAUCCUGAAGCCAAGUGGUUGGAGGUGCUUAUAACUGCCAAUAAAGGUGCCAAACAAGGCAAUUGAACAAAAUGAAGCUGCAAUCUGAGUGAUUCACUUCCACUCCUGGAGUAUCUGCCGGGCAAUGAAGGAGGCUCAGCUGUGGGAGUUAACACUGUAAUUCACCUUCCAGUGGUUCAGUCCAGUGUAUC